AUGGCACAUGGCUUUUUUUUCGACCUUCUUUUUGGAUGCGUUCUUGAAGAAACGCAUGGAACUACCUAUUCGCCAGAAGUCGUACGUGAGGUGCUGAAGGAAGGCAGAAGCUUUAAUAUCAAGGUUCUUUAAUGUCAUUGAAUUGUACGUAAUUAAAAGUUGAUGAAAAAUAAAGUUUAACAAACGAAAGGUUUAUCAUCAACUUGUUUGUUUGUUUAUUUUUUUUGUUGUUCAAUUAAACUAGCACUAAAAAAAUUAAGUUAAGUUAGAUUAUGUUGUAACGGCGUUGCUUUUCAGGAAAAAAAAAUAAAGUGUGACCAACACAAUGCUGCUUCACCAUUGUCUUUUUUCUUUAAACCGAUAAUAAAUAAUUUAAACAGUUUCUUUUCAGGAACAUCAGAAGUCGUCUUUUUAAUCUUGUUUUGCUCGAACAUCGCCGCCUCAAAGACGUCUUUUUGGGCGCGCCCUCUGAAGACCGACUACAGCCACGUAUUCUCUCUAGAAGCUCAUUUGAAAGUACUUCUGGCUGCGUUCCUGAAGAAACGCAUAUCGACGCUUAUUACGACUGGAAAACAUCUCAAGUUCUAAAGGUAAGACAGAUUUUUUUAUGCUCUGACUGUUAGAUUAUCUCUUUGGGUUUCAGAUUUAGAGCACGAAGUCAGCGUUCGACAGCAGCGUCUAAGAGGUAACGAGGAACAAAACGGAAUGUGAGUACGUUCAAUCUGAUUGUGCUGAUACAGGCAUUUAUCCUCUGAUAAUACAAGAAUUUAUUCGUUCACUCCUUAGUGGGAUUCAAACCCACAACAUUUGUUUAUUUAAUGGUGCUCCUAGAGUAUCAAAGAAUAACAUUUUCAAGACUUGCAAUCCCAAACGAUGCUGAUUGAAUUCGAAUCGAUUACAGUAGUCUAGCAGACUAUUCCAAGGCCUUUUAAAGGAAAUGGAGUCUGCAAUUAGUUUCCAAGUGCGCAACAAAGCCAGUGUUUUGAUGUUACUGAUUCUUUUUUAAGAAAUAUUUGAUUUAGGUGGAAGAGCUUCAGCCGUGAUAUGGCCCAUCAGCAGUCAUGUGCAACCUGUAAGUACCAGAAUAUAGUAAACCCUUCGUCUUCAAGAGGAUAAACAAGCUUACCCAAACAGGGUCGUUCAAGAAAAGAGCUUUGAAGUCAGUUGUGCUCCUACUUCAUCAAAAGUCUUAUCUUUGUAGGUAAAUACUAUUUUCCAGUGGGAUUCCAACCCAUGAACAUUGCUUCAUCAGUAAGCAAAUCUACAUGUCUUGAAAUGUUAAUGAGAUUCAAACACCAAGGUGUCUGAGAGAAGCUGCAUACUUUAAAGUUCAUUUGCAACUACCAUGUUAAAACUGUUGCUUUGAUAAUCUGUUUCAAGAAGCUUUUUGUUCAGGUCUGUGCAAUCCCAGAAGUUGUUUCCAACCCGCAGUCGUUGCCGGCCCAUUGACAUCGGGAUUUGAACACGUGACCCUAGCUACCAGAAUAGAGGCAAGUACUGGAAAGGUAAAAUAUGUUUAUGCAAAUAUUCUGAAAGAAAAUGAAAAACCCUUUGAAUAUCAUUUCACGCCAUGACUUUCGCUCUAAUAAUCAUCGUAUUCGAAGCUCUGCGAGAUAAUUAAAUGUCACGUUUAAAUGGAAUACCGUGAAAUCCAGGAGAUCAUAUCUGAAACAGCGGUUUGGCUACCGCGUAGACGGACCAAAACUCAAAGGAGGAACGUCCAAGGAUUAAAAGGGAUUCGUGACAGAAUUAAUUUUUAAAAAACAUGGGAAAACUUUUGCUUGCUUUCUUAAUCCAUGUUCUUGAGAAACUUUCAGUUAGGUUAGAAAAUUGCUGAUAGAAGUCGGCGAGCUGAAAAGCAAUCCGGAAGUCUCUCUGUAACUAUCACACAGAAAGUGAUUUGAACGAACCACCUGGCAGAUCACAGGUAAGUACAGAAACAUUUCUUUGAUAAGCUAAAAACCUCGUUCUUAAGAUCUAUUUUAUAUAGAUCCAGAAGAUUUCAGGUGCGCCUCAUCAAGCCUGCAUGCAGCAAGUGACUCGAAAAUUAUGUGAAGGAGCCUGCGUAACUCGACAAGAGGCAAGUAUAAUCUUUCUCCAUAUUUGCAAAGGAUAGACUUGAAAGAAAUUAGGUUCGGAUCCAAACCGUGCUGAAAGUUUUUUAAUGGAAUUAAAUGAACUAAACAUACACUAAAACUGCAAUGAUGAAGGAGUAAAAGUGCUUAGCUAAACCUUUAUUCUGGCCGAAGUUUUACUACAUAUCCUUGCCGUCCCAAGGCUUUUUUUCUAGCCAGAUUUAGGGGCAGUCUGACGAGGCACAGUCAGGGGAAGAUGCAGGAUUUUUCUCAGGAGGGGUGGAACCACAAAGGAAUGGCGUAACUGACUGGUGACGUAAACAAACUUUAAUACAGAAUACCAGUUGUAUUAAAAAGCUGCAGGUCAUCUCGGGGGGUACACCCUCCCCCUAGACCCCCCUGACAGUCAUGAAAGUCAUGAGUAGAGGGUUAGAUAAAUGGCUGACACCUAUUGCAUUGAUUAUGAUGAUUAUCUUGCUGAUGACAAUGACGAUGAUGAGGAAGACGGCAAUAAUGGAAAUUCCAUGUCUUUCUACAAUGGGUGAAAACGUCCAUUGAAACUUAACUAAUUUAGACGUCAUCCAAAUCCAGCUACAUUAACUAAUCCAUAUAACUGUAACUGACACAACAGCAAGACAAAAGCGACUGAGUUUUCCCGAUACUUCAGAUGGUCUAGGUGUUCUUCUCGGAGAAUUUUAAGGCCAGUAGGGAUAACUACAUUUGAAAUGAUCAAAUGCAGGUGGCCAGGAGCCGAUCGGCUCCUAAGGUGGCCUAAUUGGAAUCACGAAAUUAAAGAAACGAAAAAGGUCAAAAGAGGAAAUAAAUGUAGGAGAAUGGAGCAAAAAAGAAUUUAAAAUGAAAAAUGAAUAAAAAAAGAAAAAUAAAUAGAUAAAUAGUGAUAAAAAUAAUAAACAAUAACAUAUCCUAUAAUAAUGAAACUAAAUAUAAAGAAAUUCAAAUGAAUAAUAAUAAGGAUAUUAAUAAUGAUCACGAUAAUGAUAAUAACAAUAGGAAAGGAUUUAACAAGCAGCUGCAAAAAAAUACUAGACUGAUCUUUGAAAACGUAACUUAGCAGAGUCACGUUUCAAAAAUUCAGCUAGAAGUACAACGCUUCCCCUUUCCUAUUACAAUCAUUAUAUACGAUCAUUAUUAUAAUUUUUAUUAUUAUUAUUAUUUGAAAUUUAUUUUAUUAACUCAACGUUAUCAAAACCCAAGUUCAUUAUUGUUACAUUCUUUAAAUUUAUUUACUUUUUUGACCUUUUUUUGUCCUUGUUCUUUUGUCAUUAUUUUCAAUUUUUUAUCCCUACUGACCUGUUAUAUUUUCUAAGUUUUAGACAAAUUUGUCAAAUUUCUAACUGUGCUGUUUUCAUACUAUAUAAUCACGUCAACCUGACUAUCGGAUAUAUCUGGAAACACAAUGGAGCUUUUGUCUUUGCUGUUUUGUUAUUACAGCUUAUUAAACACACGGACCAAAUGAAGAAGUGUGGGGGGGUGGAGGGUAGUAAGCUUUGAUAAUAAUUAUGUUCAUUUAAACGUGUGGUCUUGACUUGGUCUUGAGAGAUUUAGAAGCAGUGAACGUGGACAGGCUAAGCAGUCUGAAGUGGCAUUGCGAUGUGAAGAGAGCUUGACGACUGAUGCAUGUUACAUUGAUGAUGAUGAUGACGAGGACGAUGAUGAUGAUAAUGAUGCUGACUUAUGCCGACAAAGAUGA